AGUGUAGUUGUGACACCAAACGUUAUAUAGACUUUGCGAAUGUGUAUGUAUGCUCAAGUUUUUAAAAAUCAAAGUAAGAUGAGACUUUCUACUGAUGCAGAAUUUCAAAUAAUAUUACGUCCCCGACGAUGUGUCAAGUUGUUUUUCUACAACCGUUGUCAGCGUGUCACGGGGAGAGACAGCUCAAACAGUUUCACCUUCCCGUCUCCUUGGGCACGCGCCCCAACUUAUCUAUGGAUCGAAGGUGGAUUUCAUCGUGUUUGACUACCUAUCUGAAAUCACAAUGUCACUCCUCACAGCAGCAAGGAGGAAGGCACCGAAUCUUGGCUACGCACCCGACUUUGUUCAAGUAUCCAUGGCACCUUUCAUUAAAGACAUUAAGAGAAAAGGCAUUAAGAUAAUCAGCAAUGCAGGGGGAGUUAACCCACAUGGAUGUGCUGCAGCAUUACAGGAAGUGUGUAGCAAGGAAGACAUCUCGCUCAACAUCGCUGUCGUGGACGGGGACGAUCUCAUGUCACAGCUACCAGAGUUACAGAAACUGGGAAUCACGGAAAUGGACUCUGGAAUGGAACUGCCUAAGACUGUCCACAGUAUGAAUGCUUAUCUAGGAAGUGGCCCCAUUGCUCGUGCACUUAACCUUGGAGCUGAUGUGGUCAUCACUGGCAGAUGUACUGACAGUGCUUUGGUGCUAGGUCCUCUUGUACAUACGUUUGGCUGGAAAAUGGACCAGUUUGAUCUGCUGGCGAGUGGCAGUCUUGCAGGCCACCUGAUAGAGUGUGGUGCCCAGGUGACAGGCGGGGUCUUCACAGACUGGCACUCAGUACCCAACUGGGAUGACAUAGGAUUCCCUGUUGUGGAAUGUGGAGAAGAUGGGGAAUUUCUGGUCACAAAACCACCUAACACUGGAGGAUUGGUCUCCAAGGCAACUGUUGCCGAGCAACUGCUGUAUGAGAUUGGCGACCCUGCCCACUACUUCCUCCCAGAUGUUGUGUGUGACUUCAGUAAUGUGACACUUGAUGAAGUGGGAGAAAAUGCCAUCCAUGUCAGUGGAGCAAGAGGAAACCCGCCGUCAGGGGAGUUCAAGGUUAGUGCCACCUACAUGGAUGGGUACCGCUCGACCGCAGUAGUAUUUGUUGGUGGCCCCAGAGCAGCAGAAAAGGUGGAGAAGACAGCUAAUGCUGUACUCAAGAGGUGUCAGAGGAUCUUCAGUCAACUCCAGCUUCAGAACUUCUCCGACAUCAACAUGGAAGUGUUCAGCACCGAUCACCUGUAUGGCCCACAAGCUAAAUCUUCCAAGAAUGUGCGAGAGGCAGUGAUGUGGCUGGCAGUUCAUCACUCACAGAGAAAGGCACUGGACUUUUUCACCAGGGAGGUGGCGCCUGCAGGAACAGGCAUGGCUCCAGGAUUGUGCAAUAUUGCAGGAGGUCGACCGAAAGUAUCACCAGUGCUCAAGCUGUUCUCGUUUCUCUAUCCAAGAGACAACUUUAAUAUCAAUAUCAGCAUGAACGGGGAACAUGUGGAAGGCUAUGUGGUCCCUACUGGGCCCACUGCUGAAUACCUGAAACGAGCCUACCCACCUCAUUCUGCGGAUGAGCAAGAGAUGCCGAAGCUACCCCAGGGAGAGUUCUCUUACAGGCUGGAAGACCUUGCCUACACCAGGAGUGGCGACAAGGGAAACAGUGCCAAUAUAGGAGUGAUCGCGCGCCAUCCUUUGUUCCUGCCGUACAUCAAACAAGCCCUGACAGCAGAGGCUGUGGAGCAGUACUUCUCUCACCUGUUCCCUGACAGGAUAGGGCCAGUGUGUAGCCGAGUCAAGAGGUUUGAUGCCCCAGGCAUACAUGGUAUCAACUUUCUGUUGACUAAUGCUCUGGGAGGCGGGGGUAUUGCAUCUCUGCGGAGUGAUGCGCAGGGUAAAGCUCUCGGCCAGAUACUCCUAGACUUUGAGCUCACAGAUGUCCCUGACUUGCAGACAAUGGCCCAAGAACUACAAGCAUGAAGUCGGAAAUGGCAUCAUCUUCAGAUUCUAACAACGACAAGUGAUAAUCAGAAAAGAACAUUAUCUCAGGACUGGCAUCAUGCCGUCAAAAAUGAACUUGGAUAUAUUUUCUAUGCAUUGUCCUUUGUUUGUGUGAUGAGAUUUUGAUUGAAGUGAAUUCCACAAUUACAACAUUUCAUCCUGAUAAUCUACAUUCAUUUGUGAAAGAAAUCAAAACAAAGAGUUCAUGCUUAACAUCAUUUGUUCCUGGAGGAAGUGUGCAAUAUGGAUCAUGUUAAGUAUUCCUUGAUCAUGUUGAUUUUCAAGACCUGUAUCAGAAUUCCUGAAAAUAUUUGUUAAUGAGUUGACUGCUGAUAAAAUGAUGGUCAAAAGCCAUGUGACUUUUAAAAUUGACAUGGAAUGAAGACACAUUUUUUUAAAGAUGAGCCAUGUUCCAUAAUUAGCAUGACAGUCAAGGGUAAUUGUCAUUACAAGAACAUGAGGGAUUCUCUACAUUCAUGUACCAGGAGCAAAACUCAAUGACCUCAGGAACCCCCAUAAUUUUGAACACUGAUAAGAAUGGCACAAUUUUAGAAGCAUUUUCUUCUAUAAGGAUUGAAAUGAGUUUUACAGUGUAAUUUAUUCAUUCACAUUAAAUUCCAUUCCAUUUGUUUCAGUGAGUGAGUGAGUGAGUUUUGUUUUACGCUGCUUCUAGCAAUAUUCCAGCAAUAUCGUGGCAGGGAACACCAGAAAUGGGCUUCACACAUUUUAUCCAGGUCAGGAAUGAACCUAGGUCUUCGACGUGAUGAGCGAACGCUUUAACCACUAGGCUACUUGACCGCCCCUUGUUUCAAAUAUGUACUUAAUGUUCAUAGUUAUAUUGUACAUAUGACACUAAAGAAAAUCGAGGUGUAGUUUAUGCUAACUUAUGUAUUCAAACACAUUGAUGUGUGGAAUCGAUAAAGAGAUCAAUCAAAUAAAUUGUUAUAUCUC